CCGAUGCUUUCCAUGGAUGAUGCCGAGAAGGCUUGGUCUCCCAACAUUUUGUCAAAGGUUACCGACUUAAGUCUGUCCUCCUCCUCCAACUUUCCCUUCCUUUCCCUCUCGAUCUCCUGACAGCACAACCACCAACGAACACACGAACACCUCUCGCCCAAAUCGUCGCCAAAUCAUCGCCAACAUGCCUCUCGUCGCCCUAGGUGUCGCCGACCUGUUCAACUUUGUUGACUACAGCAAGACAAGCCUCGCCAUCUCUGCUGCUGCCAUUGCCUUCAACCCUACCUUCUGGAACAUCGUUGCCCGCAGAGAAUACCGCACCAAGUUCCUCACGCGCGCUUUCGGCGGCAAUGCCCAGGUAGCCUGCUACUUCCUGGCCGUCACCAUCUUCGGCCUCGGUCUUGUCCGCGACUUCCUCUACGAACGCGCUCUCCGUGACCAGCCCUCCCACCCGCUCCUCGAGGGCACCUAUGUCAAAUACGCCGCCUAUGCCCUCCUUGCCCUCGGCAACCUUCUCGUCAUCACCUCUACAAUGCGUCUGGGUAUCACGGGAACCUUCCUUGGUGACUACUUUGGCAUUCUGAUGGAUGGCAUUGUCACCGGCUUCCCCUUCAACGUUACCAGCGCUCCCAUGUACUACGGCUCCACCAUGAGCUUCCUCGGCACCGCUCUUCUCUACGGCAAGCCCGCUGGUCUCCUUUUGACUGCCUGGGUUCUCUUUGUGUACAUAAUCGCUAUCCAAUUCGAGAACCCCUUCACUGCCGAAAUCUAUGCCAAGCGCGACCGCGAGAGGGCCAAGGCUGCCGGUACCAGCAAGAAGGAGCUUUAAGUCCGAGCAAACAAACAAGUCUACAAACGAAGGCGGUCCCUGAGCUGCUGAUUCAGUCUCGGGGAUCACUGUGCCCAACGGAAAGGUUGGGCUUGUGGGCAUGAUGAAAAUUGUACAUCGCCGGGCUACGUACGAGCACAGUCUGUGUGAUGGUGACAGUCACACAGGUCUGGUGCCUAGUGUAGCCUCCGCUCUCAACGAACGGCAUAUGGUGAUUGUUAUACUGGUGCGUGAAAGAAAGCACCGGACGAACAAUGUUGAACGCCUGCCAGGAUAUCAAAGAGAAGGGUGAUGAUAAUGAUGAUAAAAAUAUGCGAGAAACGGGUGUGUCCGGUGCGUUGGCCAUCAACUGGUUCCAAUGGAGACCAAAAUUGGUGUGGAAAAGAUAUUUGAACAUACUACAAAGAUGGAUAUAUACAAAGGCAAAUGAUACUGCUUGGCUCGAUAUGAGUCUGGCUUUCCCUCCUCUACAUCUUGUUUCUUCUGUUUGCGGCAGCAAUGCUGGAUGACGAUGGUCGCCUGGGAGAGAAGCAGUCAUGCCCUGACGACGAAAUGACCAUGCCCUACUAAUGCUUCGCGGCCAGAAUGGGUAUGUAUAAAAGGCAGAUGACCAACCACCUAAUGAUCCCCCAACUCCAUCAUCUGGGCUACUUGGCCAGAUAACCUGAUUCAUGGCUUUGCGACAAUGUUCAUUCAGCUUCACUU